ACCUUUAAAAAAACAAAUGUGGGAGAUCCGGGUCGGGCUGGUUUUACUUUUUAGCACCAAAUUGACCCGACAUUGAUAAUUAAGAGAGUCCGCACCUGCACAUGCGGAUAUUGAGAACGAGAGCCACCGCCGUGUCACCGCCACCGCCAACGCCUCCACCGUGCCGCCGCCACCAUGUGACGACCUCCUCGCUCAGUUUCAACGCCCUAAUUUAGCACCAGCACACGCACUCUCACAGUUACAGACGCUCGAGACAUGGAUCAGUCACUGUUGCUAAUGCUCUCCAACCUACUCCACCUCCACAACCACCUCGACCCCACCACCUCCCUCCUCUCCACCACCUCCUCCUCCGCCACCACCUCCUCCGCCAGCUCCCCGACCUCCCUCCUCUCUUCUUCCUCCGCCGCCCCACUCCUCUUCUUCACUAUCGCCUCCGUACUCUCCUAUGUCGCCUCCUCAUCCGCCUCCUCAAACCCUAAGUCUAAGCCUAACGCUAAUUCCGCUCCGUCGAAACCCUCUCCGCCGUCUCCGUCGUCCGACUUCUCCGUGGCCGCCUUCCGCGCCCUCUCCACCGAGCACAUCUGGUCCCUCGAGCCCCCACUCCGCGACGCGCGGUGGCGCUCGCUGUUCGGCCUCUCGUACCCCGUCUUCACCACAGUCGUUGACAAGCUCCGCCCCUUCAUCACCGCCUCCAACCUCUCCCUCCCCUCCGAUUAUGCCGUCGCCAUGGUUCUCUCCCGCCUCGCCCAUGGCCAUUCUGCGAAGGUCGUGGCAUCCCGCUGCUCGCUCGACCCGUUCCUCGUCUCCAAGAUCACUAAUAUGGUUACGCGCCUCUUGGCGACGAAGUUGUACCCGGAAUUUAUCAAAAUCCCGGUGAGUCGCCGCAGAUUGGUUGAGGCGACCCAGGCCUUUGAAGAGCUCACUGCUUUGCCCAAUAUUUGCGGGGCUAUUGAUGGGAGUGCAAUCAAGCUUCACCGACUCCCACGAGAUAGGGUUUCUUCAAGUUCUUACAGAUGCAAAUAUGGUUAUGAUUCGGUUUUGCUUCAGGUUGUGGCUGAUCACAAGAAAAUUUUCUGGGAUGUUUGUGUUAAGGCGCCUGGUGCGACUGAUGAUGCUUCUCACUUUAGAGAUAGUUUGUUGUACAAUAGGGUCACUUCGGGGGAUAUAGUCUGGGAUAAGGUGAUAAAUGUAAGGGGUCACCAUGUUAGGCCUUACAUAGUUGGGGAUUGGUGUUAUCCCUUAAUGUCUUUUUUGAUGAUUCCCUUUAAUUCAAAAGGGACGGGUACUCCGGCUCAGAAUUUGUUCGAUGGGAUGCUGAUGAAAGGGCGGUCUAUGGUGGUUGAAGCCAUUAGACUUCUGAAAGGGAGGUGGAGGAUUCUUCAGGACUUGAAUGUGGGUCUUAAUCAUGCACCACAGACGAUUGUUGCUUGUUGUGUGUUGCAUAAUUUGUGUCAGAUUGCAAGAGAACCGGAGCCUGAUACUGCCCGGGAGCCUGACGAGAUCGGUGCACCAGCAAGGGUGCUUGAAAGCGAGAAGACGUUCUUUUAUCAUGGGCAAAACUUGAGGCAGGCGCUGGCUGAUGAGUUACACCAGCGACUUUCAUCGAGAUAAGGAGAUCACUUGACAUCUCCUUUUGUGCUGCGAGAAUAAGGUCUCUUAGUCCUACUAGCUUUGACCUGUUCACGUUGAUGUGGUUGGUUGUAUGUUACAUUUGUUGAUCUGUCAGAGGGUAUUAGAAUAUCCUUUGUGGAGACUGGAACUUACAUCUGUUGCAAACCUCUUUGUAUGUCAUUAGGAUGCUGAUGCUAACCUAGGAAUGUACCUUAAAGAUUGGUGACUAUGUACUCUAGAAUUCAGUAAUUGCAACCAUUUAUCUGCACCUGA